UACAGUAUUGGCUGACCCUUUGCCUUGUUCACUUUGUAUCCAUGUGGUGGAGCAGUAUUUGGUCGGUCAGUUUAACAUUUUUGCCCUUUGUGGUGCUUGGAGCUGUUCCGGCACCGUUGCCCUAUCGACCUACAGCAUUGGUAACUGCCGCAAUAUAUGUGCUGAAGCAACAUGUGUGUCCGGAUCAUAGUACACUGGCGGUCAUUGAAUUGUUUCGUAAGAGUAACCAACAUCAACAACAUGACCAAAAUGAAUUGUUGACCCAUCUGCUGAUGGAUUUGGGUACUGAAAUCGGUGUACAAUUGUUGCGGGAUAAACCCAUUGAGAGGCCAAAAGAUCAUAUUGUCUUUUUGGUGGACAGCGCCGAGGCAUUUCGGACAUUGAGGUUUCAUUUUGCUGACUCGCAAUUCGACAAUGAGUUCACAUUUCUAAUACUCUAUAUGGGCAAGGCAAUGGAUGACAGUAUGGAGUUGGAAAUUGAAGAUAUGUUUGAAACCUGUUUCAAUUUUCAUGUGCUUAAUGUUAUUUUGCUUGUCGAAAAGCAUUCAGAGAUAGUUUCCGACGAGGAGGAAAUUGAUCAUGAUGUUGGUGUUCUCGUUUAUGGCUAUCGUUUGUAUGGAGCUCAUUGCAAUCAAAGUUUAACUAUUCAAUUAUUGAAUGAGUAUAAAAAUGGGCAACUGCUUCGUGAGAUAACGCAUCGUAAUCUCUUUGAUCGUAGUAUGCACAGUCUAUAUGGUUGUCCCUUGAACAUCAGUUGGUUUCAUCUGGCACCGUUUGUCAUCUUCAAUGGUGACUCUGAAGAUCCUGUACAGCUAUCGGAAUCGUGGCGUUUAAGCGGCAUCGAUGGUGACUUGCUUAAAAUGUUGGCGGAUAUCUUUGAUUUUCGCAUACAGCUAAGGAAUCCAUGUGAUAAAUGCGCUAGUCCGGAUACACCUGUUGGCACCUGUGGCGAUUGUUUAAACGAAUUGGCCACCAACAAUUCGUCAGUGGCAAUUGGUGCCUUGAGUGCCUCGCAUUUGUAUCGCAAUUAUUUCUCAACAACCAGCGCUUAUUAUCAGAGCAGUUUGAUAUUUGUGGUUCACAUGGAUAGCAAAAUUGGUGCAGUUACACAAUUGGCAUUGCCAUUUAAAAGGCACGUUUGGCUAUUACUGAUUAUAGCCUGCAUUCUGAUGGUGAUCGUUCAGGCCAUAUGGCAUAGACAAAAUGGUAGUUUUGACAUUUCUUUGGGCGGCCUGUGCGUACUGACAAUUUUAUUGGGUAAUCCAGUUGUUGAACGUAGAUUGCCUACCAUGUAUGUGGCUCGUUUGAUGUUAGCUGUUUGGCUUCUUAUGGCCUUGGUUCUACGUGCUGCAUAUCAAGGGAAAUUGUAUGAUGUUUUUCGCUUGCCAUAUAGUUCAUCAUUGCCAGAGCAAAUUUCGGAUCUACUGAAUAAUAAUUAUACUUUAGUUGCCCAUGAAUACUAUGAUUUUUAUCCCCACGAACGUACCAGGCUAACCAAAAUGAAUUAUCUGCGUCGUUUCCGUUUACUGGAGGAAGAGUGUGACUCUCAGACGGGAGAGAGGCUUACCAGUACUGUUCUAAUGGCUAAUUUGGCAUACUAUAAUCAAAUUAAUUGGCACACAACGCGUCUUACACACGUCAAAGAACCAAUAUUUCUCUAUCAAUUGGUUAUGUAUCUACGACGACAUUCGGUAUUAAAAUUUCCAUUUGAUCGCAAGUUGAAGCAACUAAUGUCAUCUGGUAUUGUGGGUCACAUCAAUCGUUUGUACGAUCAAUCGAAAUAUAGAACUCCACAGAAUCAUCAUGAUGUAACAACGGUGCCAUUAAUUACCUUUUGUGGCCUAUUCACAGUGAGCUCUAUUCUCUUGACCACAGCUGUGGUGGCCAUCAUGUUAGAGUUACUCAGUCUGCGGUUCAUAUGGCUGAGACGCUAUUUUGAAUGAUCAGAUCAUUUUUACUUGCAUAUU